AUGACGCAUCAGACUACUCUGAAUCUUCUCUUUAGCCUGAAAGAGAUUGUCCCUAACUAUAAGUGUGACACACAGAAGAAUCUGAUAGCUGCCAUUGGGGGACUUGACUCUGAAGUCUCUCAAUACAUGGCCACAUUCUUAAAUGCGUACAAGAUUCCUCAGGUCUCUUAUUAUUUAUUUGGUUCUUCUCUGGAUGCUAAAAUCCAGUACCCUUUCAUAUACCGAGUGGUCCCCAAUGAAGAAAAUCAGUACACUGGAAUUAUCCAACUACUUUUGCAUUUCCAGUGGACGUGGGCUGGGAUUAUCACACUGGCUGAUGAUAAAGGAGAGGAUUUUGUGCAGACCUUGAUGCCAAAGCUUUCCCAUAAUGGCAUCUGCUUGGCUUUCACAGACAGAAUGCCACCAUUGACAGAUGUCUCUGAAUUACUCGAUGGCUACCAAGAGGCAUGGGAGAAGACCAGCCUUGACAAAGACAGGAAAGCAAAGGCAGUUAUUGUAUAUGCAGAAACAUUGUCUAUGGUGGGUUUAAUAUUCUUGCUGUACCAAGUAGAAAGCGAAGAUAUGGAUGGGGCAUCUCUAGGCAGAGUGUGGAUUAUGACCGCUGCAUGGGACUUCCCAGCAUUACAGUAUCAAAGGGACUGGAAUAUAACACUCUUCCAAGGAGCUUUGUCCUUUGCAGUGCACUCUACUGAGGUCUGGGAAUUUCACAACUUCCUUCACAUCUUUAAACCAGACUCAUGCAGUGGGAACAAUUUCAUAAGAGACUUCUGGGAACAAGUAUUUCACUGUGUAUUUUUAGAUUCCCCUGUGGCUGGAGAGAACGAUGGGGCCUGCACUGGGAAGGAAAGGUUGGAGAGCCUUGCUACACCAGUUUUUGAAAUGAGCAUGACCCCCCAAAGUUACAGUGUAUACAAUGCUGCCUAUGUCAUAGCACAUGCUUUGCAUGCCAUGUACUCACUGAACUCCAAGCACAGAGCUGUGGCAAUACUUCCAAAUGUGCGGCCGUGGCAGCUCCAUCCUUUCUUGAGGAGAAUCUCUUUCAACAACAGUGCUGGGGACCAAGUGUCAUUGGAUGAGAAAGGUGAACUAGAAAGUGGAUUUGAUAUUAUAAACUGGAAGGCCCCCUCUUCAGUGUGUAAUGACAAGUGCCGUCCAGGCUAUGUUAGCAAAAAGAAGGAAGGGGAGCCAUUCUGUUGCUACGAUUGUGACCCAUGUCCAGAAGGGAGGAUCUCUAAUAAAACUGAAAUAGAGAAUUGUAUAAAAUGCCCAGAAGAUGAGUAUCCAAAUGGAGAACAAGACGGAUGUCUACCAAAGAGUUUAAACUUUCUGUCUUAUGAUGAAAUGUUGAGUAUCACUUUAGCUUUUAUGACAUUUGCAUUUUCUGUGACCACAGCUUUGAUGCUAAAAAUAUUCAUUAAAUACCAGAAAACUCCCAUUGUCAAAGCCAACAAUCGUGGCCUCACGUUUACUCUGCUCAUCGCCCUCCUGCUUUGCUUCCUCUGCUCCUUGCUGUUCUUUGGAAGACCUCAGACAGUGACCUGCCUCCUAAGGCAAACAGCUUUUGGCAUCGUCUUCACUGUGGCUGUUUCUUCCGUGUUGGCAAAAACCAUCACAGUCAUUUUGGCAUUCAUGGCUACAAGGCCAGGAUCCAGGAUGAGGAACUGGGUGGGGAAAAGACUGGCAGCUUCUAUUGUUUUCUCCUGCACUAUCAUUCAAGGAGCUCUUUGUACUGUGUGGCUCCUUACUGCUCCUCCAUUCCCACAUUUGGACAUGAAUACUUUGGCUAAAGAGAUCGUGGUUGAAUGUAAUGAAGGGUCUAUCCCUAUGUUUUAUUCUGUUCUCGGGUACCUGGGAUUCCUGGCUCUUGUCAGCUUUGUUGUGGCUUUUCUUGCUAGGGAAUUGCCCAGCACUUUUAAUGAGGCCAAGUUCAUCACUUUCAGCAUGUUGGUGUUUUGCAGUGUGUGGGUCUCUUUUGUGCCAACUUACCUGAGCGCAAAGGGAAAAUACAUGGUGGCUGUGGAGAUCUUCUCCAUCUUAGCCUCUAGUGCUGGAUUGUUGGGCUGUAUCUUUGCUCCUAAAUGCUAUAUAAUUUUACUGAGGCCUGAGCUGAACAACAAGGAGCACUUAACAAGGAGAAAUAAGUAG